GUUAUUCAGUGACUCACAGCCAUUAUCGUCAUCAUCAUUAUCAUCGCUAUCAUCAUGCACGCUAUUUAUAGCUCACACCGUCGUUAAAAUCAUUUGAAGCAAGGCUGUGUGGAACACACGGCACAAAAUACAACUACAUAUAUUAUGGUAGUGUGCUGGCAGCUUGUAUGAUUCUGUAUACGGGGUUUCGUGUCUUUGUCUAUAUCGUCGUUAUUAUCAUCGUUGUUCUCUGAUAGAGAACACGCACUAGGUUUGGUUCCCGCCAAUAUAAUAUGGUUGAUCAGUGCACAUAGCAGAAUCAUCUUACCAUUCCAAGUCUUUUGGACGGGAUUUUCUGACUCCAUGACCAACCUAUCAUGAUCACAGAAUACAAAAGUUUCAAGUUUAUUUCAUGAUUAUCGAAAGUAUAAUCAAUUGUAGACAGGAAUAACCGUCGUUUCUGGGGAUUUAUUAAACAAUUUCUGACAUUUUACUUUAAUCCCCAUUAACUCACCAUUAUGUAUGGUGAGUGGAGCCAACGCAGUUCAGCGGAACAACCAAAAUACAGAGACUGAAGCUUUUGGUCUAAAUCAAUUGAUACUAGAAGGCCGUAUCAUUGUUAUUUGUGAUCAACACAGCAGUGGGAUUCAGACUUACUUCAAGCAAUAAGUUGCAUCAGGUACUUCGGGCGCAAGGUUCUUCUCUUAAUCAAGUGGAGACAAAUAACGUACUGACAGCAUGGAUGAAGGGCAUGAUGUUAAUGUCGGAGACCAUUCUGAAGAUAAUGAAUCAUCCGAAAAUCGAUCAAGGGUUGAAGAUGGCUCUCAGAAUUUCUACACAAACACUACAGAUACCCCUUUUAAUGACAUGAAUCGGAGUGAAAGAGGUACGGAUGGAGCUGCAGAGGCAUCAGGAAGUGGGUCUUCUUCAGGAGAAAUCCCAAGUUCUUUUCAGACUGAUGACGCGAAUGAUCAGUUUUCCGUGAUUCAAGAAUCUUCGGAUGGUACCAGUGAUAUGUCUCAUUCUACUCGGGUCUUUUGUUACCAGACCAACAGACACGGGCAUGAAAGAGAAGGGUAUUAUCCUCAGCUUCCUGAACAGAAGCAGUCAACAGCGGAAGAAAACUGUUGCUGUGUCGAGUGUGGGGUAACAUUUGCCAACAUAGAUCUUCUCCUAAAGCAUGUCCAACAACAUGAGGCUGAGCAGUAUGGCUCUGAGGAUAUCUAUCGUGGCCCCGAUGAUAUGGAAGCAGUAGAAGAUAGCUCACCAAGAGUAACACCUAGUCAGACGCCAAGUCCGACUAGAAACCUCAACAAUGUUUCCUGCAUGGAGUGUGGUGACGUCUUUGACAACGUAGAUGCACUUGUACGUCAUGUCGAAGUACAUGAGACUCUGAUGCGACAGAGACAAAGUAGUCAGAUGAGCGGAGAUCAUGAGUGUCAAGUAUGUCACCAGUCUUUCAUAAAUGAAAGACUCCUUCAAGAACAUGUUAAAAGACACAAUUCACGGGGUGGUAUGACCUCUCCUAGUGGACAGUCACCAUCCAUUGGUCCAAAAGCAGAUUUCAAUGUUCACUCCUAUGUAGGUCGUUCCCAAACUCAGAAGGGAGGCCCGUCAGGAUGCAGAACUGCCCAUUUGUGUCUAAUCUGCGGGGAUGUCUUUCGUCAACUGUCUAGUUUAGACAAACAUUAUCAGACUCACAAUAUGAACUUGCAAGUACUUGAUCAUAAGUGUGGCCUUUGUGGCAAAGUAUUCUCAAAGCUCAACAACUUGCAUAUUCAUAUGCGUCUUCACAACCAAGACAGACCUUAUGCAUGCUCAAUCUGCGGGAAACGUUUCACUCAAAGUAGCCAUCUGAGACAGCAUGAACUUAUUCACACUCAGGUGCGUCCAUUCUCGUGUCGCUUCUGUCCGAAGACAUUCCGUCAGAGUAGUCAUCUACACAUGCAUGAGCGUAUACACACCGGGAUGCGACCCUACAAGUGCCAUCUCUGUGACAAGGCUUUCAUGCAAAGUAGUCAUCUGCGCAUUCACGAGCGCACACAUUCCAAAGUACGGCCGUAUAAUUGCAGGUUCUGCAACGCGACGUUCAUUCAGAGUGCCCACAUGCGCUUGCACGAAAAGAAACAUUUGAACGAGGCCGCCGGAAACGCUGAAUUGUCACCACAAAAUGGAUCAACACCAGAAUCUCAAAGUCCAAAGAUGACCACUCCUUAGAUCUUUUUAUUAGUUCUUACCUAGACAGUCGACCUAUUAAAAUGAAACCUGAUAAACUAGGGUAGGACUGUUUAUAGUGCCACUUCUGUUUUCUUGGAUGAGGAUAUCAACAUUACUUGUGCUACUAUUAGAAGCACUGCGUUAUAAAAAUUUUAGAAUGUUGAAAUAUGUUGGCUCACAUUCUGGAGAUUCUUAGAUUUCGAUACGUCGGGGAUUACUUUUGCCACAUUGAGUAGCAAGAUCUGCUCUACAUCAUUCGAAGAGAGAAAAAAUAAAUUAUCUGAAUUCUAUAUGUAGACCUUGGCACUCCGUACCUUAUGUGCCAGAUUCUGAAUAGGGAAACAUUUUGAACAUUUUUAUUAUAAUUAUUGCCGUUGUUUCGGAUGGCUUAUUUCUGGACCGAUAAAAAGGAAACUGAAGCACCCAGAGACUGCCCGUUCCAGUUUACAGCCCUGAGUGAAAUACAGAGUAUUGUCGCCAAUGUGAUGAUAAUUAUCCAAUCCAAAUACAAUCCACCAUUUCGGAUACUACCAACAGCAACCUGGACGAAAAUAUAAGUUUACCUGUGACUGGCUACAGAGAACGCAUUUGUGUACACUCAAAGAGAAUCUAUAAUCAGUCAUUGUUUGUCAAGACAUUGCUCUGUAAAAUGUACAUACGUAUUGUUAUUUAUUCAUAAUUAUCUCUUUUGCUUGUAGCUUUUCCUGUAGGUCUAUUAGAUUUCUUUAUUGUAUUCAAUUACUUCUUUAUAAAAAAUGCAACUAAAAAUUUUUGCACAAUGAUCUUUAUUAAUAAAUUUGUUUCCUUCUUGAAUUUGUUUACGAUUGCUGUUUUAACCAUGGAACGUUUGUCAUUUUGUCAAAAGUAGUAGAUACUUUCAUUAAACGAAGACGUUCUCACACAUGGGCUGCGGAACGUAUUUUCUUUGUAUUAUGUCAAAAUCGGCAUUUUGGUGCAAAGGGAUAUUUUCACCAUGCGUGAAGUAGUUGUGUGUUUUGUAGUAAUUAAGUUGAGCAAAGCGUUUUGAAGUAAUAUCUGAUUGAUAAGAUAUAUAUUUAGGCUUUUUUUCCGCGAGCGAACGUAGCGAACAAGCGGUUUGGAAAAAAAAAAAUCAAAUUUGAAGUUGUGAAACACGCUUUUAGUUAAUUAUGACACUAAUUAACUGUUAAAAGUGCGUCCUUUGCGAGAUGUUGCGAGUGUGAAUCGUGAGUUCAAACACUUGGACAUUUCAUGUAGGCCUAAUAUAAGACAAGAACAUUCAAAGCAGUUUUUGCUAUCAUGAAAAAGAUGUCUAACUAAAGAAUUAACGCAAGCGCGAGCUGAAAUUUUUAAUAUGCUGUUAUAUCUCUUUAAUAUACUGUUAUAUCUCUUAGAAAUACAAAAUUAACUCAAAGACAAGCACAGGGGAGUAGUCCGACUUGUCUAUAUAGUUGAGGUCUAAUCUACAAGUGUUUAUUCAAACAAAAAGAGUACUUUCUCUAUUACAAGUUACUAUACAUGUACAUAUAAUAAUGAUGAGUCAGAGAGGAGAGAGAGAGAGCAGAAUUUCAGAAGAAUAUAGAAGAAUGAAUUGUAAUAAUGGAAUUUCCACUAUUUGGACUUUGGAGGAGAGAGAGAGAGAGGAGAAAUAGCAACCACAGGGUUAAAAGUCCAUGCAAUGUCCAAUACACAUUCUAACAUAUGCAAAUACAUUACAUAUACUGACCAGAAAAGGAACCUGUUAAGGACUGCAUUUAGUGAGGAUACAUACAUCACCAAUUGAAUAAUGCGAGCCCAAAUCGCGAGCCAAAAAUUUGUGAUCAUAUUCAAACCUGAAAAUUGGACAUUCUAAGCAUUUUUGUAACAAUGAACAGGAUGAGUAUCUUACUAAACAAUAAUUGAUGCGAGCGCGAUGCAAGAGCGACAAUAUUUGUGAUUGUGUAACCUAAAAUGUAUCAUGUUUUACUUCAAAAAUUGUAUUUCAUUUUGAAAAAGGGCACAUUUCAUUUUGAAAAAAAAGGCACUUCCAAUUUUGAAAGAAGGCUCUCCACCGCCCCUGUUCUCACAGACUGGCUUUCGGAAUUAUCACUCAGUUUUGUUGACGAUCAACCAUGUAUAAUGUCUUUGUGUAUUAUGCGACUGCUACGACAAUUAUUGAAAUUUGCAUUCGUUUCAUGAAAUUGUAGAAAUACCAAUAAAUAAUUAUAU